AUGGUUUCAUAUCUUCCAAAGUUUGCUAUAAAUCUUCUUGGGCAGAACCGCUGUUCAACGGUUAACUGUGACCCCAGAAUUCAGCUGAUACCGUCAGCAAAGUUUCUGUCUGGACGGCACGCACAAAUAGAUGUUUUAUCGCAGAGUAAGGCUAUAGGGUCAAUACUGCAACUUCUUGAACUUCAAAGUGCAUUUUUAGAGACGCCUGUGCCAGAAUUAAAGCUCAUAAUAUUGGUCCUCGUGGUCUCUUCGUUGGCUUCCGCCGCAAUAAAAUGUAAAAAGGGCGAGACGGCAGUUCGUCUCGCCAGGGCCGAAAAGCAUCAAGUUCCAAUAUGUCCGACGAUAACAAUUUAUGAGAGUAGGAAGAAGAAACCUGAAAUUCCGUCACAGCUGGCGUUCGAUACAUUCACAUGCGAUGCUCUGAUAUGCCGCAGAUGUCGCUGUGAAAGUGGAUUUAUGCUUUCGAAUUCAUCAUCAAAUGCAGAAUGUGUCCAAAUCUGUCCCAUAACAAAAAAAAUUUCUAUCGCUUGUGAACGCGGUGAUGUCAUUUGUUAG